AUGAUAGCGGAGCAGCAACCACUCGCGUCCUUCUUCUGCCUCAUCAGCAUGUCGCUCAUGACCGACCCUGUCUCCUCCUGCGAUGGCUACACCUACGAGAGAUCUUCCAUCGAGGCCUGGCUCCAGCUCCGUCUCUCCAGCCCCCUCACUGGCGCCUGCCUCCCCUCCAACUACCUUAUCCCCAACAUUGCUCUCCGCAGCGCCAUCCAAAAGUGGCAGGAGCGACACGCG